AUGUCUGAACUUGGCUCGCCAUGUCUCUCACCUGCAUGGCAGGAAUACCCGUAUGCGUUAGCGAUAUGCCUUGGCAGCAUCUUCAUGAUAUUCUUGGUUGAGAUUUUUGCUUUCAGAUGGGGUACUUCUGUUCUCGCGAAGAUUGGGAUAGCUCACGAUGCACAUGGUCACGGUCUCGCGACGGGUAGCCAUGCGGCGCACGGACCCGAAGGGAACCAUCCAAUACCUUCGAGUAGCGGUACUUCUCGUUCGGAUAGUGUCAAAGAGAUUGUCGGCGACAUAGAGUCACUGCCAGAGAAACUUGAACAUCACCAUGUUGAUGGGCUGGGGCAUGAACACGGAUACAAUCAUGGACAUGGUGGGAUUGGUGGGGUGGCAGACUCUGCCAUUGCACAGAUCAUUGGUGUUGCCAUCCUAGAGUUUGGUGUACUGUUGCAUAGUGUCUUCGUUGGGCUCACUCUUGCAGUCAACCCAGGCUUCAAAAUCCUUUUUGUCGUGAUCGUCUUCCAUCAAACAUUUGAAGGCUUGGGUGUCGGAUCACGGCUGGCUUUCAUGGAGCUUCCUCCAGCGUACAGCUACGUCCCCGUCCUAGGUGCAUGCCUCUACGGGCUUACGACGCCCAUUGGAAUCGCAGCGGGCCUCGGUGUACGCUCGACAUACAAUCCAGAUAGCACAACUGCAAGUAUAGUGAGCGGCGUCUUGGACGCAUUCAGCAGCGGUAUCCUAAUUUACACCGGGCUUGUGGAGCUUAUGGCGCACGAGUUCAUUUUCAACAAGGAAAUGAUCGAGGGAUCGACUCGGAACUUGGUGUUUGCGCUCUCAUGCAUGAUGCUCGGUGCGGGGCUGAUGGCGCUGCUCGGUAAAUGGGCAUGA